CAUCUCUGCUCUAGAGGAGAUCUGCAUGGAGGAAUGGACCAAAACCUCAGCAACAGUUUGUGAAGACUGACAGAAAACGUUUGACUGCUGUCAUCACCAACAAAGGGUUCAUAACAAAGUAUUGAUACUAAAUUGUGUUACUGACCAAAUACUUAUUUUCCACCACAAUUUACAAAUUAAUUCUUUAAAAUCAGACAAUGUGUUUUUUCUGUAAUUUGCAAACCGAAGUCUUUGAUUUCAUAUUCUUACAGGGACAAGGUGGCGGUCGCUGCCGACCCCCCCCCAGGAAUCUGCAUGAAGUUGUUUUCUGUCUAGUUUUGGGGGGUAAAUAUGUAUUUUGGAUUUUAAAAUUGAACUUUAACAAGAGUUACAAAACAAAGCGUGCGCCGUGCUUGCGUCACUCCAGGCCCCGCCCUCGUUCGGGAACGCGCACAUUCCUAUUGUCCAAGAUGGCGGCGCUGGUGCAGCUCCUGUGAUGCUGACAUGUUUUUAAAGGAUUUUUCCCGCUUCUGCCCGUAAAUGCGCCGACACGGAGCCCGCUCCGGAAGCGUCCCGAACCGAAGCAGCACGCGCCGCCGCCGCCUCCGAGCUAACGCUCCCGGAAUCCGCAGCAGCGCCGGACCUCCGCUGCAGGCGCGGAAAAGUUGAAGCUCCAUCCUCGGUGGAAGAUGAAGCGGCAGGCCGGGAGGGACGGCAGCCCGUCCAGGGCCCUCGCUAAGCGGAUCCGGGAGCGGGACCGGGAGAGCGGCCGCAGGGACGAGCUGCCGCCGCCGCCGCUCGCCCUGCUGCUGGCGGAGAGCCGCAGCUACCACCGGCGGAGCCGCAGCCGGGAGCGGGAGAAGCCGCGCCUGCGGGAGGAGCGCGCGGCCGCCCUGGAGCUCCACCACCGCCACGAGCUCAGCCUGCUGGGCCGGCCGCCGCUGCGGAGCGCGGCCGCGGAGCUCCCCGCCGCGCGGCCCGGCACGCUGGAGUACAAGACGCUGCUGAUCAGCAACCUGGGCUCGCAGGUGUCGGACGAGGACGUGGAGGACGCGCUGUUCCACGAAUUCAAAAAGUUCGGGGACGUGAGCGUCAAGCUGUCGCACACGCCGGAGCUCGGCCGCAUCGCCUACGUCAACUUCCGGCACCCGGAGGACGCCAAGGAGGCCCGGCACGCCAAGUCCUCCCGGCUGGCUCUGGGUGACCGGCAGCUGAAGAUCGAGCCCAUGUACGUUCGGAGGCGGAGCGUCACCCCCCCUGACGUCAGCUAUCUGCCUCUGCACGCGCCCUACCCGUACCGACAGCGCUCGUUGUCCCCGCCCGGGACCGGCGCGGCCAGCAUGCGGGACCUGCGGGCCAGACACUACGCCCUGGAGAGCCUGGGGCUGAGCCGGGAGCGGGAGCGGCUGCUGGAUUACUACGGCAUGCUGGACGACAGGGGGCGGCCCUACGGCUUCCCGCCCAUGCCGGUGGUGGAGGACCUGAAGCCCGAGGACGACCAGCGGGCCACCAGCAACCUGUUCAUCGGGAACCUGGACGGGAACGUGACGGAGGCGGAGCUCCGGCGGGGCUUUGAUAAGUACGGCAUCAUCGAGGACGUGGUGAUCAAACGGCCCGCCCGCGGACAGGGCGGGGCUUAUGCGUUUGUGAAGUUCCAGAACCUGGACAUGGCCCACCGGGCCAAAGUGGCCAUGCAGGGCCGCCUGAUCGGAGGGAACCCCAUUAAAAUCGGGUACGGGAAGGCCAACCCCACCACCCGGCUGUGGGUGGGGGGCCUGGGACCGGGGAACUCGCUGACCGCCCUGGCGCGGGAGUUCGACCGUUUCGGGAGCAUCAGGAACAUCGACUACGUGAAGGGCGACAGCUUCGCCUACAUCCAGUACGAGAGUCUGGACGCGGCCCAGGCCGCCUGCACCCAGAUGAGGGGCUUCCCUCUGGGGGGGCCGGAGCGCCGCCUGCGGGUGGACUUUGCUAAGGUGGAGGAGAGCCCCUCCCGCCCGUUCCCCCCCGGUUACCAGCCCCCUGUGCCACCCCCUGCACACUACGACCUCCUGGGGGAGGCCUACAGCCGCCAUCGCAGCCUGGAGCGCGAGCUGAGAGGAGGCCGGGAGCGCUCCUCGCCGCCCUCCCACAGCCUCCUCUCUCUGAGGGAGAGGGUCCUGCUGGAGAGGGAGUUCCCCGCCAGCCCCACCCGCAGCCUGGACCGGAGGGUGGGGGGGGUGGAGGCGUUCGGGAGGGCCGUCCGAGGGGCGAGGAGCCGCAGCAGGAGCAGGGAGCGCUGGCUGAAGGAGAGGGAGGAGAGGCGGAGCCGCAGGAGGAGCCGGAGUCCGUCUGCAGACAAACAGUCCGAGGAAAAGGAGAAAGAGCGGGGGAGGUCGAGGGUUCGAGUCCCAGGGGGCUCUCCGGAUGCCAGCCCGGACCGAGCGCGGGUUCGAGCCCCAGACUCCACCACGGAGCCAAGAGACCACUCCCCCGACAGCGGAGGGGGGCGGCACGCGAGCGCCACGGAGGAGGAGGCCCCGUCCGGCCGUCACCACGGCAAGAGGUCGCUGAGCGCCAACAACCACCAUCGGAACAGCGACGCGGCCGCCGCCAGCCCCCCCGCCGCCCACACGGACACCUCCUCCACGCUGAGCUCGCUGUCGGAGUACGCCCAGAGCUCCCUGUCCAAAGCGUGGCGGGGCUUCUUCGCCCUUAAGAACAGCAGCUUCCCCACGGAGCUGUACAUGCUGGAGGGCGGGGCCUCCUUCCUGAGCGGCGUGAUGAAGGACGGCCUUCACCCGCAGCACCGGAACCAGCCGGGCCAGCUGAAGAUCGCCCAGCGCCUGCGCAUGGACCAGACCCGGCUGGACGAGGUGACGCGCCGCAUCAAGCUGGGCCGGCCGGACGGCUUCGCCAUCCUGCUGGCUCUGCAGGGCCCCAUCAACCGCCAGGCCCCCGCCCCCGAGCCGGGGCUGCAGAUCCGCCUGCUCCGACACCUGGUGACGUACCUGCACAACAAGGAGGCGGCGGGGGUGGUCAGUCUGCCUUCCACCAAAGAGGGGGGCACGGGCGGGACGCUGUACGCCUUCCCCCCCGGCGACUUCUCGCAGCAGUUCCUGCAGGCGGCCCGGAGGACUGUGGGUAAUCUGGACGAGGAGCACAUGGUCAUCGUGAUCGUCAGCGACACUAACUGAGUCUGGAGCAGACUCGCCCCCACACUACAAGUCCCUCCAUGGGGGGUCGCCCCCAACAGGGAUGCAUUCAAAGGACAAAUGCAGAAGCGUCGGCCGCCAUGAUGGCCCCGCCCCCGCCCGCCACCUUUUCUACUUCAGACACUAAACCCAGCCGGACGGUUUCUACGUUUGUACUUGUGUUUUUACCUGGUGUCAGCUGACCUGUGGCGACGCCUCCCGUCAUGGAGACUCUGCAGAGCAGCUGGACUGUAAGCUGACGCCAGUCGAUUCCGUGUCUCCUCUUCAACGUAUUUAUAGUUCAAAGGCUCCGGGUCAGCUGACCGAGUCCCGGCCGUCCUCGCCGCUCCGCCGAGGUUUUAUCGGUUCUCUCAUUCCACCUUCACUCUGCUGUUCACGGUGCCAGAGCGUCGCUCUGUUGUUGCAUGCAAGAGGACUCAAAGGAAUUCCUGUGUAUAAAGAUGUAAACUUCCACGUGGAGACCUUUUUAAAACAAUAUUUUGGAGUCGUACUGUUUUUUAUUGUGAACAUUUCUAACUUCAGUUUUAAUACAUCAGUCCAUCCAUCCUUCAUCUACUGCCUUUUAUUUCAGUCAUCACAUGUCAGCACUUUGACGGGAUCAAACGGUUUGAAAUGUUUCACAUUAAGAUGAGAAGACAGUAAAAGAUGAAGCAAAUAAAAUGUUUGGGAAACAA